CGGGGCUCCCUCCCUCCUUCCCGGUGUCCGCUCCUGCUGCUGUCCGCCCUUCCUCCCCUCCCCCGGCCCAGCCGGCCGCCCCCUCCCCCAGACGCGCACGCUCCGCCUGGCAGCUGGCGCCCCGGGCCUGGGGCCGCGGUGGCGAGAGGGGUUUGCAGGGAGGGCGGGAGCGAGUGAGCCGGGAGGGAGGGAGGCCGCCCCCCGCGCCCCUCCUCCUCGCCCUCCUCCACGGCCGACGGUCCCUCCUCCCGCCCCCUCCCUCCUCCUCUCUCCUCCCUCCCUCGCAAAGACAUCCCCGCACGGCCCGGCCGCCGCGGCCACCUUCCCUGCCCCGAGCUGCAGAUGUGGCGGAGCGGCCGGGCGCCGGGCGGCCGCGCCAGGGGAGCCCGCGCCCCGUGAGCCUCGCGCCCGGGCCCCCUCCCGCCCCGGCCCUCCCCCUCGCCCGCCCCCCGCUGUCCCCCGACCGCCGGAACCCGCAGCCGGAGCCAGUCAGCCCGGCCGCAGAGGUUCCUGCCUGAAGACCAGCUGGGUACCCUCUCUGACCCUCCACAUCACCAUGCACUCCUUGGACGAGCCGCUUGACCUAAAGCUGAGCAUCACCAAGCUCCGGGCGGCGAGAGAGAAGCGGGAAAGGACACUGGGUGUGGUCCGGCAUCAUGCUUUGCAUAGAGAGUUGGGCCUGGUGGAUGAUAGCCCCACGCCUGGCUCCCCAGGCUCCCCCCCACCGGGCUUCCUGCUGAACCCCAAGUUCCCUGAGAAGGUAGAUGGACGCUUUUCCACAGCCCCCCUGGUGGACCUCAGCUUAUCACCACCGUCUGGACUGGACUCUCCAAAUGGCAGCAGCUCCCUGUCCCCUGAGCGCCAGGGCAAUGGCGACCUGCCGCCAUUGCCUACUGCUGUGGAUUUCCAACCACUUCGCUAUUUGGAUGGUGUCCCCAGUUCUUUCCAGUUCUUCUUGCCCCUGGGCUCUGGGGGAGCUCUGCACCUACCUGCUUCCUCCUUCCUCACGCCCCCCAAGGACAAGUGCCUCUCACCAGAGCUGCCCCUGGCAAAGCAGCUGGUGUGUCGAUGGGCCAAGUGUAACCAGCUCUUUGAGCUCCUCCAAGACCUGGUUGACCAUGUCAAUGACCACCAUGUCAAGCCGGAACAGGAUGCUCGGUACUGCUGCCAUUGGGAGGGCUGUGCCCGCCACGGCCGUGGCUUCAAUGCCAGCAGGUACAAGAUGCUCAUCCACAUCCGGACUCAUACCAAUGAGAAGCCACACCGAUGCCCCACCUGCAACAAGAGCUUCUCCCGCCUGGAGAACCUGAAGAUCCACAACCGCUCCCACACAGGUGAGAAGCCCUACGUCUGCCCCUACGAGGGCUGCAACAAGCGUUACUCCAACUCGAGUGACCGAUUCAAGCACACCCGUACCCACUACGUAGACAAGCCCUACUACUGCAAGAUGCCUGGCUGCCACAAGCGCUACACGGACCCCAGCUCACUGCGCAAGCACAUCAAAGCCCAUGGCCACUUUGUGUCUCAGGAGCAGCAGGAGCUCCUACAGCUGCGCCCACCCCCGAAACCACCACUGCCCACUUCCGACAGUGGCUCCUAUGUCAGUGGAGCUCAGAUCAUCAUCCCCAACCCUGCUGCCCUUUUUGGAGGCCCCAGUCUACCUGGCCUGCCCUUACCCCUGGCCCCUGGUCCCCUUGACCUCAGUGCUCUGGCCUGUGGCAAUGGUGGGGGUGGGGGUGGGGGCAUGGGCCCUGGGCUGCCAGGCUCUGUUCUGCCCCUCAAUCUGGCCAAGAACCCGCUGUUGCCCUCACCCUUUGGGGCUGGUGGACUAGGCCUACCUGUGGUCUCUCUCCUGGGUGGUUCUGCUGGUAGCAAGGCUGAGGGGGAGAAAGGUCGUGGGUCACUGCCUGCCAGGGUCCUGGGCCUAGAGGACCAUAAGCCUCCCCUGGAAAGGACGGAGCGCAGCCGCUCCCGGCCAAGCCCUGAUGGACUCCCCUUGCUACCGGGAACUGUACUGGACCUGUCCACAGGCAACUCAGCAGCCAGCAGUCCAGAGGCGCUAACUCCUGGCUGGGUGGUCAUCCCUCCAGGGUCUGUGCUGCUCAAACCAGCUGUGGUAAACUGAACCUGGGCUACCCAUCUACCAGCUGUGACAGCCCAGCUACCUACUGUGGGCUCAUCCCCUGACGAACAGAAACUAUUCUGCGAAAUAGCAAUAAUAUCCUACUGUUUCAGGGGCCCAAGUGUCUGCUUCCUGGGAAGCUGCAGCCCCAGACAAACUGGGUAGCAAGGAUGGUGCUAGCUAGGUCUUUGAUGGCUCCAGAGUGCGGACUUAGCUUGGACCUGUUGUCCAAGGAGGCCAUGCUUUUGGAUGCUAAGGCCUCACUUGCCUCCAUUCCCUAGCACAUCAUUUGGGGGAGGCCUUCCUCUGCCUGUCCUCCAAGGACCUCUAGUCCUGCCUCUUGCUCUGGUACAUUCCUCUCUGUGAGCAGUCUGGGCAGGUUGUUAUUCCUCCCUGCCUUACUACUUGUCAAGUGAGAAGCCCUCAGUGAUCAUACACCCAUGCUUGGGAAUUCCUUAGACUCCUUUCCCUCUGGCACACCCCCUGGAGGGAGAGCAAGACAGACACAGGCCAAGCUACAGGAAAAAGCUGCCUUUUCCUACCUACUGCUAUGACAAGGUGUUUCCCUGCUUACUUAGCAGAGAAGCCUGCUGCCAGUGCCCCCUUCUGCCGGCGUCAGCACUGCCAAAGGGUUGGCAACGCUUUCUAAAGAAGGGGUAGCUGAGCACUCACCUUUCCCUCGGGAGUGUACAGGCAGGUUCAAAGGAUCAUUGCACUGGUCCAGUCCAGCUUGGGUUGGCCUGGCAGGGUUAUCCUGCAGAAGCCUGGCUAUCCUGUAGCAAUCUACACCAGUGGACUACCAGGCUUGGGAAGCAGCUACAGGUUUGGGGGUUACAAAGUCAUGGAAUGCAGGAAGAACUGAUUCAUCAGACUGGAGCUUUCUAGAAACCAAGAACUGAAGCCCAUGGGUGUGAGGGAGGCUAGGUAGCCAAGAACAGCUCUUGGAGGACCAACUGCCUGCUAGGGAAAAGCUGACUUGAGAGUGGACUGGGCAUGUGACAAGGUUGUUUUCUUUGACUUUCCAGUUGAGUCCCUUUCCUGGUGGUGCCUCUUUUGCCCACAAGCUCUAUCCAAGCUGGCUCCCCCAGGGCUUGUACUAUUCAGAAUAAGGUCUAGCACUGAUGUAGGGCUAGAAAGCCAAGGACAUUGGAGGACUGUAGUCUACAGCUCCAUAAUGUGCCAGCUUGGGCCUCUUGCUGCCCUCUGUACUAUGAUGCAGAGUGGCUAAGCUCCUCCUCUCCCCAUCUGUACAACAAGAGUUGCUGGGAUGGUAGGGUCCUCAGUAGCUCUGUGGUUCCUCUGAGCAGCUUGCCUGUUUUUUCCCAGACUGCCCUUCUGUUUCAGAAGGGUCACCCUGACCUGACCUGCCCGGCUGCUGGGCUUAGGACCCCAGCCCUGAUAGGGCUCGGCUGUGCUGGCUCUACCCCUUGAAGGGGCUGUGAGCAAGUUAAGGAGCUGGUCUCCUGUCUUCGGGUCUACCCAUGAUCCAAGCAGCCUCUUGGCUCCUUUAGGGCCCUAGGCCUUACUUAGGUCCCUGGCUAGGAACUGGGUUUGAGACUCAAGCCUGAGAGCAGAGGAACAGGGCACUGGAAGGUGACAUUAGCUCAGCAUGUGAUUCAGUGAUAGACCAGGCUUGGAAGGGCCGGUGUACUUGUCAGUUUGUUGUUGCACAUUCCAGGACAUCAGUAUUUUAACAGGUUCUAAGUGCCUUUCUAUUGUAGCUUAUGUUUUUCCUCCUUUUGGCUCCAUUGCUGUUAGCAUAGAGUUUAAAAAAAAAAUAAGCUAAUGACUAUAACAAUUUAUUUCCUCCAUGUGAGAGGAAGUUUAUAAAGAAACAAUAAAAGUGAGUUGCAAAGAUGGUUUCUGCAUCUUAGAUGUGCCAGGAGCUGGGUCACUUGCUCUGUGCCUGGUCGUGGGCACCCCCUAAAGACCUGGCCUGGAGCUUUCCCCUCAACCUGCCACUCUAAGGAAGAGAUCAGAAGGCCCACCCACUUGGGACUACAAAGGGAAGACCUGGAAGGGUAGGUAGUAAGGAACAAUAAGAUACAGAUUAUUCUCAACUACAAGGCCCAGGCCUUGGUCCAAGCAAGAGGCUGGCCAAAGCCGCUUCCUGCUACACAUGGAACAUUCUGACCAAAUCACUGAAAGCAGUAUGCAACUCCAGCUGGAGUUCUGAGGCUAGGGGUUCUUUAUCUUGAGGGAAGGCAUGGGCAGACCCUUGGUCUCCUCAGGACUGUGUGGUAGAACACAUAGGAGGGAACAAAGCCUCUAACAGAUCCUGGCCAGGCUUCUAAAGUGGGUAUGUGGCUGUUCACCAACAUCCCACCCACCAGGCUGUCAAAGCUGCUGCUGCCCCCUGACUCUUUCACAGCCCCAAAGAGGAAGUGAGCGACCUUCUCAAAUAGGAAUAUAAGCACUGGAGAAACAUGGAAAAGACAUUUAUUACCAAGCUAUAAAUUAUGAGGCAAUGGGUGGGGUGGAGUGUGCCCAGCAGUCACGUUUUGGGCAUCUGCCCUUUCUUUC